AAAAAUAUUUAAAAGAAAUCCAAAUAGAGUGAUUGCCUUAAAAUGUUUACAUAGUUCACAAAAUCUUAGUAAUAAAUUUUUAAACGAGGUUAAAAAAUACUCAAUAAAGAAAAGAAGUAGUAUUCUUAAUAUAUAUGGAAUAUCCCAAAAUCCAGAUACAAAUGAAUAUAUUAUGGUUCUCCAUUAUGCAAAAGAAGGCAAUUUUAAUGAUUGGAUAAAUGAAAACUAUGAAAAUUUUAAUUGGAAAGAUAAAUUAUCUGCAUUGCUUAAUAUUAUUAAUGGUCUUAAAGAAAUUCAUCAAAAAAGUAUAGUUCAUCGUGAUUUUCAUACAGGAAAUAUAUUAUUUUUAAAUAGGGUAUAUAAUUUUAAAAAAUUUAUAUCAAUUUCAGAUAUGGGAUUAUGUGGAGAGGUUGGCUAUAUAGAUGAAACUAAAAUUUAUGGAGUUAUGCCUUAUGUGGCUCCUGAAGUAUUAAGAAGGAGAUCUUAUACCCAAGAAUCAGAUAUCUAUAGUUUUGGUAUGAUAAUGUAUUUUGUAGCAACUGGAAGGCAACCAUUUUACAAUCGUGCACAUGAUCAUAUUCUUGCAUUAGAUAUUUGUAAAGGAGUUAAACCUGAAAUAAAUGAAUCAGAAGCACCAAGAUGUUAUAUUGAUUUAAUGAAUAAGUGUUGGGAUUUAAACCCAAGUGAUAGACCAAAUACUUUUAAAGUGAAUGAAUUAAUCAUGUCAUUUCAUAGGUCAUAUAGAGGGGAUUUUUUCAUGGUGGAAAUUGAAGAAAUUGGAAUGCAAUUUAAAAAAGCAGAAGAAUAUAGAAAAGCAAAUCUUUCAUUUAUUAAAAAUUACCAAAUAACUACACAUCCACAAGCUAUUUACACAUCUCGAUUACUUAAUUCUUUUACAGAUGAUCUUCCAACAUAUGGUGAUAAUUCUCAAUGUUUAGAUGAAGUAAUAUAA